ACCUAACCUAACUGUUUUUCGGAACUUAAGUACAAAAUAUGAUUUGAUAUUUACCAGUCACUUUUCGGUGAAGAAAAACGUAAUAAGUCCUAGUUUACCCUCUGGGUUGGAAGAUCAGAUGGUAGUAAAACUAGUGCCUAUGCCAAUUCUUGGGAUUCGUUGCCAUAGCCCCCCGGCUCCUAUGAAAUGCCGGGACAACGCGAGGAAGAUGAUACAGUCUGUAACGAUUUAGUUUACCAACCAUUCCCACUUUCCCGUUAAUUUGUUAUUUGACCUGCAAUCGACGACUUAUAAUCUCUAAGAUAAACCGUUUACAUAGUGAUAGUUGUUAUCACCCAGUUUCUAGAACACGACCAAAGUAUAUCGACGUGUUUUACGUUAUUUGUGUGACUUUAUCAGUGCGGUGAUUGUCAACUAGACGUCGAGACGAAAUAGUGCUAUUGUAGAACAAGCGAUUAUAAAACGAUUAGUGGACGUAUAGACCGAUAUGUGUGAGUGAGUGCAACAUAGUGUGUGACAGUGACCGCAACAUGUCGCGGAACGUCAAAUACCAGAGGCUGGACGAUGUGGAGAUCGGGGAGACGGAGCAGGCCCUGGUGGCGGUUCGAAUCCCGAUCAAGGGCAUGACUUGCCAGUCCUGCGUGCGGAACAUUGAGGGCACUAUCCGCGGACUACGGGGCGUCGAGCAUGCUAAGGUGGAACUAUCAGAAAACGCGGGCUACUUCCGUUAUGCGCCGCGAGAGUGCAGCGCGGAGGCGAUCCGCGAGCGAAUAGAAGACAUGGGUUUUGACACACAAGACACCGCUCAGGACGAGACUAGAAAUCUCCUACCGAAAGAAAUCCCAACAGAUCUGCUGAUAGACAUGUCAGCUGCCGAGGAGAGCGACGUGCUCAUCUUAGUCGGCGGCAUGACAUGCCAGUCUUGUGUCAACACUAUAGAGGGUGCUCUAAGAGAAACCCCUGGCGUUAUCCACGCCACAGUGGACCUCGCGUCCGGCACAGCGAGAGUCCGGGCCAGCCGCUCUACUCUGACACCUCAACAGAUCGCAGACAUCAUAUACGAACUGGGAUUCGAUACGUCGAUCAAGAGCGUCGAUGGAGUGGAAACAAAUGGAAAUAGUGAACCUAAUUCACAAGGCAAAGCCAACCAAGAUGCUUCAGGUGACGGCGUGCUAGUCAGACCGUCGCCAACCAAGAGUAAAACACAAACUAAUGGCAAACUACCAUCAGAAUCAGAGUUAACACGAUGUACGUUAGAAGUGAAAGGCAUGACGUGUGCGUCGUGUGUCGCCGCCAUCGAGAAACACUGCUCAAAGUUAUAUGGUGUGGACUCCGUCCUCAUUGCGCUGUUAGCAGCCAAGGCAGAAGUCAGUUUCUCCCCUAGAAAGAUCUCCGCCACCGACAUCGCUAACAGCAUAACUGAAUUAGGCUUCCCCUCCGAAGUGCUCAGUGUCGAUGACGGAACGGGCCUUAAGGAAAUACAACUCACGAUACGCGGCAUGACGUGCGCGUCGUGCGUCAAUAAAAUCGAGAAGACUGUACUUAAACUGACCGGCGUUGCGUCCUGCUCCGUCGCGCUUACCACCAGCAAAGGGAAAGUUAAAUACGACGCUGAAGUUAUAGGUCCACGAACGAUAUGUGAAGCAAUCAACAACUUAGGCUUCGAGGCGACCGUCGCCAGCCCCAACAGCAAGGGCGCUUCCAACUACUUAGAACACAAAGAAGAAAUAAGAAAAUGGCGGAACGCGUUCCUAAUCUCUCUCCUGUUCGGUGGGCCCUGCAUGGUGGCCAUGGCGUACUUCAUGGCCAGCAUGGGCCACCAUCAUGAUCCCAGGGACAUGUGCUGCGUGCUGCCUGGCCUGAGCUUGGAGAACCUCAUCAUGUUCCUGCUGGCUACCCCCGUACAGUUCAUCGGCGGGUGGCAUUUCUACAAGCAAGCGUACAAGGCGCUGAGCCACGGGACGUCGAACAUGGACGUACUAAUCUCUAUGACUACUACUAUAAGUUACGCGUACUCGCUAGCGGUGGUGGCGGCGGCCAUGGCGCUGCAGAAAGACACAAGUCCCAUGACGUUUUUCGACACGCCGCCCAUGCUGUUGGUGUUCGUGUCCCUGGGCAGGUGGCUGGAGCAUAUCGCUAAGGGCAAAACAUCAGAAGCUCUUUCCAAGCUGUUAUCAUUAAAAGCUACGGAGGCUGUGUUAGUAAAUCUGGACGCAAACGGACAAGUGCUCAGCGAGAAGAACAUACCGGUGGAGCUGGUGGAACGGGGAGAUGUGUUAAAAGUAGUACCAGGUGCGAAAAUACCAGUGGACGGCAAAGUUAUUUCAGGACAGAGCACGUGUGACGAGUCGCUUAUUACUGGAGAAUCCAUGCCCGUGGCCAAAACUAAAGAUUCCCUAGUAAUCGGAGGUAGUAUAAACCAACACGGAGCGUUGCUCGUGUCCGCCACACACACAGGCGAAUGCAGUACUCUCGCCCAAAUAGUUCGACUGGUGGAAGACGCCCAGAGCAGUAAGGCCCCCAUACAGCGCCUGGCCGACACUAUAGCCGGGUACUUUGUCCCGAUAGUUAUAGGUCUGUCUGUCCUUACGUUGGUGUCCUGGAUGGUCGCCGGAGCUAUAAAUGUGGACGUUAUCAAAAGGAUAAUGCCGGACUCAUACUUAAAUUCCGGUUUCUCCGACUGGGAACUGAUCGUGCAAACGGCCUUCCACUUCGCGCUAAGUGUCCUGGCCAUAGCGUGUCCCUGCGCACUUGGACUGGCCACGCCUACCGCUGUCAUGGUGGCUUCUGGAGUCGGGGCCAGGAAUGGAUUGCUGGUGAAAGGCGCGGAACCGCUUGAAAAUGCACACAAGGUGAAAACGGUGAUCUUCGACAAGACGGGCACCAUCACUCGCGGCAGCACCGCCGUGGCCAAGGUCUCCUUGUUGACUGGAAGCGCCGACUCUUUGCACGAAGUCCUCUCCUGCAUACUGUCGGCGGAGCUGAACUCAGAACACCCCGUCGCUUCUGCGAUCGUGAAGUUCUGCCGCGCCGCGCUGGGCCCCGCGGCGCCCGCGCCGUGCGCCGGCUUCGUGGCGGCGCCGGGCUGCGGCCUGCGCGCGCGCGUCACGCUGGCGCCGCGCCGCCCCGCCGACACGCCCACAUACGAGGCUGGAUCAACGUUCACAGUUUGCGGGGUGCCGGUGGAAGUGGUCGGCAGCGAGGGCGACGCGGCGCUGAGCUCCGCGCAGGCGCAGCACCGGCUCAGCGCGCUCAUACCCACGGACGAGCGGGAAGUAGUAGUACUAAUAGGCAACAGGGAGUGGAUGUCUCGCAACGGGGUCAAAGUCGGUCGGAGAGUGCAGGAGGCGCUUAAAGCGGACGAGCAAUUGGGCAGGACUGCUGUCUUAGCUGCCAUUAAUGAUGAGCUGGUGUGCACGAUAGGAGUCUCUGACGAGGUGAAGCCCGAGGCGCACCUGGCGGUGUACUGCUUGAAGAAGAUGGGGCUCGAGGUCUGUCUCCUGACGGGGGACAACAGGAAGACUGCCGUCGCCAUCGCUAGACAGGUGGGCAUCAACAAGGUGUAUGCGGAGGUGCUGCCCUCGCACAAGGUGGCCAAGAUACAGAAACUCCAGGAGCAGGGGCAGAAGGUCGCCAUGGUGGGUGACGGCGUGAACGACUCGCCGGCGCUCGCGCAGGCCGACGUCGGCAUCGCCAUCGCGAGCGGCACCGACGUCGCCGUGGAGGCGGCCGACCUCGUGCUCAUGAGGAACGACCUGUUGGAUGUAUACGCGUGCUUGCUGCUGUCCCGCGCGUGCGUGCGGCGCGUCCGUCUCAACUUCCUGUUCGCGUCCGUGUACAACCUACUCGGCAUACCGUUGGCUAGCGGUGCUCUGGCUGUCUUCGGUCUUCAACUUCAGCCGUGGAUGGCUUCGGCGGCCAUGGCGAUGAGCUCUGUGUCCGUGGUGUGCUCCAGCUUGCUGCUUAAGACGUUCAGAAAACCUACCAAAGAAGAGCUCCGUACUCCCGAGUACCUGCAAUCCAUAAGACUAGAGGACUUAGAUAGCGUGUCGGUACACAGAGGUUUGGACGAGAGGAUCGACGUGGGGGAUCGGGGGAACUCGCCCAUUGCCAAAUUGUUCAACCGACACAAAAUAAGUGAUGGCUGCCUAUUGCAAGAAGAGGACGACCUGAUGACCGUCUCUUUCAUACCGAAGCGGCCGACCAAGGACCAGCCCAGUCUCAACGACUGAGCAUUUCACACUAGAUAGAAAUAUUAUCUAGACUGAAAUCGGGACUGAUAUGUUUUAAAAAAAACGGAUGAUGCGACAACGCGAUAGACAGAAUUAAAAUAUUAUGUAAUCGUGUAGUGUUGUAAAAUGUGUUGGAAACGGGUAUUAGGCUUCGAGCAACACCGGGAAGGGAGUCGGCAUUCGCACUAUUUCCCCUCUGUCGGAGCCAUAGAUGGUAGGAUUGUAUAGAUGUGCUAUACCCCUUGAGGGACAGGACAUACGCAAUGCGACAAAAUUAAAAAUACAUUUUAAUACUGACAACAUACCUACAUAAUUUGGUCGGGUUAUUUGUUGCUCACCAUAAACCAUAUUAAAAUUUACGGUGGGGACUAAAAAACUGUGACAAGAAUAAACAUAACGCUUUCUCUGCUACUCCUACAGAAAGAUACAUAAUACUAUCCCGUUCUGUCAGUUCCCCCCACCACACAUGCCCAACUGGGCAUAGCGAGGUGCGAGUUGUGAUUCCGUACACAAAAAGAGAUCGAGGUGUGCAAGAUGUGUCAUUUUCUAUGUUGUGUCGUCAUUACAGAUUGGAUGUUGUAUGUAGUGAGUAAAAAGUGCGACUGUGUGCACGUGCCCGCAAAAAAUGGCAGAACGGUUUGCACGGUAAGAUAUCGCUUGGUCUCCUCCCUUCCGACGUGUCGGAUGUCGGAAGCCGGUGUUGCUCGAAAGUAUUACGUGUCACAAUGUAAGAAGAGGCCGGAAGAAGUGAAGUAUGGUCAGAUCAAAAUAUAGAUCGUGUCGUUCAUGAUGACGUGUGGCUUGAUUGGUAUUUUCAUGUUAAUAAAGGUUAGAUUUGACAAAUCUGCGCGUCAUCUUGGAUGGCACGAACUAUAGAUCGCGUCUUCUGUCACACGAAAUAACUGAUCUAUUGCGCAAUAUAAUUCACGGUCUGUCAGUACCUGAGGAUGUUUUUCGGUAUGUGUAUUUGUAUAAAAUAUGUUACCUAUAUUACCUGAGUAUUGUGUACAAAUACAUAUUUUAUUAAUUUUUAUUAAAUCAAUCGUACAUAAAAGUUCUUUUUGUACUCGACGACUGUAAUGGUUAAAUUAAGAUUUCGUAUACCAAGCUAUAAUUGCGUACUUUUCAUGUAUGGGCUCCCAACUCUACUAUAAGAUUCAUUUCGCUGUAGUCAACUAUAAAAUAAUUGACCAAUCACGUGCCACCGCGCUGCCAUAGAAAAUAAUAAACGGGCGCGGGAGUCGCGCGUUUAUGUCUUUUGUACUACAUUUUUGUCUACUGAGAUACCAAUUUUACAUUCAUUGUUUAGGUUUUAUUGUAAAAAAAUAUUAUUUUAGAUGACUCAUAGAAAAAGUAUUGUAUACAAUAGUAGAUUAUAUUAAUCAAGCUUUUCAAUUUCGUACCUUACUUAGGCAACUCAGCAAGCUUCGUUGCCUAAACACGGUGCUCGACUGAAAAGCUCUCUAUUAUACCACGAUUGUAUAAAAUAAUAGAUAAUACAACGUAUCUUGUUGUAAUAGAUUUGAUGGUGAGUUUUGGUUAAAAGGCUGUCAACACCUAAAGCGCGCACACUGUCUAUUUGUAUCGGAGUAAACGAGAAAGCACUGUCGCAUGUUACUGGGCCUGGGCAAGGGAAUAAUAAGAAAAUUAUUUAAAUAAAAAAAAGUGGAUUAUUAGUGUAAUAUUUUACUCGUUAGCGGUUUAGAUAUAAAUGUUUUUGAAAUUGUGAUUUUAAUUGCGGACCCAUAAGUCAAAACAAUAAAGACGUAGAACCGUUUAAUUGUGAUUUUAAGACCAAUCUUUGCAAUUAUUUUCUAUCGAGCCGAUUUCGUUCAAUCAUGUAUCGAGUACAACCACGGUCUUUGAAAUAUAAUUAAUAUGAACAUAUAUUUUUCUUACUUGACUAAAACAAAUAGUCUUUCUUAAAAAACUGUUUAAGUAACAUCAAUUUCAAGGACAUUGGGUGUUGACAGCCCCUUAAUAGACGAUUUUUUAAUGCCGUGCGAGCUACACAUGAUCGUUAUUGCCAAAAUACUCGUGUCGAUUUUUUCCAUGAUCAAAAUGAUCAUUUUUUUUUUAUUGAUAAAAAUGUUUACAUGACAUUACAGUUGAACCAAUGCGUCACGAAACUUCGACUAACACCAAUAAUAAUUAUAAACAUUAACAAUUAUAAGACAAUAAUGGCACAUUGACAAAUUAAAUUGGAACAAUUAAAUUUAAUCAUCUUAUAAUUAAAUUAAUGGCUGGCAUUUGAACAUGUUACGUAGAUUUAUUGCAAUCAAAACUCACUAAUUAAAAUAUUAAACAAAAAUCAAGCAUGUUUGGGUAUUACUACGGUAAUUAGUGAGUUCUGUUUAUCUGUGAUUUAUGAUCAUCUGAAGAAAUACUAGGCAGGUACCGAUACAGUUUCAUUCGGUUCUUAACACAUUCACAACCCACCUGGUGGGCGCUCGUGAACUUUGUUCAGAUGCCGGAUAACCCGCUAGGCGGGUUGUUUUGUACGCAGCUAUAGACCACUGGUUUCUGGGGUAGUGCGCCGUUUUUUGUCCGGCAGUGAAUGUGUUAAUCAGAAAACACUCAGAAACUUCGUAUUUAGGUACUAAAUACUAAAUUAAGUAAAUUUGCCCGUUGAAUACUUAGUCAGCUCAUAAGUUCUCUCACAAAGGUUUUGACUGAUAAAAUGUAAUACUAUUUCAACAAAAAAGUUGCCACGAUUUGAAAGCUUGUUUUAUACUGAUCAAAACGUAAUAUAAUUAGUUUAAAAGUUUGAUCGCGUCUUUGUUUACUUUGGGACUGUCGUUAGACGUGAAAACGCGGCUGGAUUGUGAAAAAUUAUACUCUACAAAACGUGUUGUUUAUUUAUAUGAACCUAUUUUAUUAGAACGUUAUUUUACCACCAGCAUUUAGUUCUCCGACAAGUCUGUACUUCAGCUAAUACCCUUCAAACUUAGGGUACUUUUUAGUGACACGCUAAUUUUUGACUGCCAUUCAACCAGUAGGUUUGGUAAAACACGUACAGUUGCAAUUUGGCAAUACCAAUACACAUGACUUAUAUAUUUCAAGAUAGAUAAAAGUCCCAGCUUUUUUAUGACAGAUUCAACCGUGUAAAAAGGGAAAAAAGGGAUCAAAAUCACCUUGAACAAGUCGUGUAUUUUUUAUGACAUUUUUCCGAAUAUUACGUAGAAUUAUAUUGUAAGUAAUUCAGCAUUAAAUAAGCUUUCAACGUAUAUAUAAAUAUAUAUACUUAUGAAUAAUAAGGGAUCUGUAAAUAGCUUUUUUAUCUGUAAAAAUCUUUGUGACAGGACUAUACUCUGUAUAUGUCUUUAAAUAAAAAUAAACAAGCAUUUGUAAAUUUCCGGGUAGUUAUAACAUUUAUUGGUUAACCAACCAAAUACAAAACCGCCUGGAUCUGUCACUGAACGACCUGACUUUAACCUACAUUAUUUGAUCAUGUAAUGUUUUCAUCUACUCUCAACUGGCUUAAGGAGCCAUUUGAGGGUAGAUUUUGUUUACUUUUAUUUAAAUACCUAAAGAUACAGAGUAUAACUAUAAGGUAAAGAGUUUAUAGGCUUCCGCGUAUACACGUUGCAAGAUUCUAAGAAACCAGGAACCUGCUUCUUAAAGAAAAUAUUACAUUACUAAAUUUUUUACAUUUGUACGAUGGAGUUUUAUAAUCAGUGAUAUUAUAAUGUGUAGACAUUUUAAUGGAAAAAUGUUAUUGAUCAUGUAUUGCUAUUUAUUGUGAGUAUUUUCGAUAAGUUUUGAAGUGUCUAAAUUCUUCCAUUGUCUGUUUUAUAGUAUUUCAAUUAGUUUCUAAAAUAUGUAAAAUAUCUGAAAUUAGUUUGAUGUAAAAAUUUACAUAUUUAAUAGGGAAUAUUACCCGAAACUCUGCGUAGAGGGCGCCACUACCACAAUCCAUCACAAUCCGGUCUACCGCGGAACAAGAAAAUCGAAAUUUCGUUAUCUAAAUUCUAUCAUUCUUGCAUAUUCGAGCGAUAAAGAGGCAUAUAACUAAAUUUGGGUUUUUCAAGUUCCCCGGUAGGCCCUUUGUAAACAAACCGCCUUGAUGCAUCAAUGUCAUAUUUUAUUAUCUGUGAAAAUAAGGCACAGUAUGUAUAAGUUACUCUAUGGUUUACGAUAGGUGUUAGUGCUGCACUCUGGCGGCUGAACAUUGCAGUAAUACUCCCUAUUACUCUCAAAGAAAAUACUGGCCCGAUUUCCUUGUAUGAAAAUUCUAAACUACAAUUUUUGAAGAAAUGUAUACAUGUAAAAAUUAUUUUAAUCUACUUUAAAUUACAAAAUCAUUUAUUCAGACAUAAAAACAGUUUAAAUUAUAUACUUAAUAACAAAACUUAUAAACUUAUCUUAAUUAACUUAACAAUAACCUAAAUUACCUUUAUAGUACAUAUGGUGCUACUUUACCGCAUUAGUGCGCAAGUUAGCAUAUUAUGUUACUGUGUCGAACAUUUAAGGGGUCAUAUGUACUGUAAAACGUUGUACGAUACAUGUGCGAAUAGGUAAUUCGCAACUCGUGUUUUAAUUUAUCGCCACUCGUUUGGAAUUUCCUAUUUUUCGCACUUGUAUCGUAAUGUACUAUUACAUCUCAUUAGUUGUUGUCUUACAUCUUGUAGACGGUAUGGUAUUUUCAACAAUUCAUUUAUUGUAUAAUACUUCGUUUUUUUUAAUUAGAAAAAGGGUAAAUAAUCUGGACGUGUCUUUAUAAUGAUUAAAAUAAAUAAUAACUAUUACCAAAGACAAUUUAUUGUAAUAGAGAGGUAGUCUAAGAAAAAAACGUGCCCCUUAGUUUGACAUCCAAAUAUUUUAUGUAACAUUACAUAUUUAAUGUAACACAUUAUUCAAAAGUGUUUUUCAAUAAAGACACUCAAGAUUGUACCCUUUUUCUAAUGCAAAGAAAAAACGAAGAUAGAUAUGUUAAUUCCUUCGAGCAACACCGGGAAGGGAGUCGGCAUUCGCACUGUUUCCUCUCUUCCGAAGCACAUGGCCAACUGGGCAUAGCGCGGGCAUGUUGUGACUCCAUACACAAAAAGAGAUCGAGGCGUGCAAGAUUUGUUUUUGACGUGUGUCAUUUUCUAUGUAUUUGUGUCGUCAUUACAGGUUGGAUUUUGUAUGUAGUGAGUGAGAAGUGCGACUGUGUGCACGUGCCCGCAAAAAAUGGCAGAACGAUUUGUACGGUAAUAUAUAGCUUGGGCUCCUCCCUUCCGACGUGUCGGAUGCUUCGAAUUUGUCGGUGUAGACGGCGCUGGCUCCGUACAUUAUGCGGUAACUGGUUGUCAAAAGUUGACAUUUGUCAAUUCAGUUACCACAAAACAUGGCGCCGUACAGCGCCACGUUUAGCUGUCAAACUCGAAGGCACGAUAUUUUCUUAUAGGGAGCGUGCAUGAACUGUAGGAGGCAGCACAGGAGCCGACAGAUUUUUGGCGCGAGGCGUAAAUGUGAUGUUUUUUGUUCCAAUGUAGCCCACAAGAUGGCAGAACCUACUAUGCACAAGAAAACACGUGACGUGUAAAUGUGCAUGUUUAUGGUUCCGAUUCAGGCCACAAGAUGGCAGACCCUCCAACGCGCACGGUCCCUAUACUUUAUACGUCUAAUACAAUAAAUGAAUCUUUGGUAUUUUCUAUAAGAAUUUUAGAUAAUCAUAUUAAUCCUCCAAAGACUUGUAAAUAUUUUUAUUGGGAGUUUAUUUUUAAUGUGUAUUUUAAUUUUGUAUCGUUUUAUGUAUAGUGACAGGUAUAGGCGUUCUCUUUCGCACCUUACUUACGUACUCAUUUUAUUGCCAGUAUUUUUUAAUAAAUGGGCCAAAAUACUUUUUAAUGCCUAUUAGGAAUUAUGUACAAAUUUUGAUUCUAGAGACAAAUUAGUUAACAAAGGAUGCUUUAUUAUAUUCAUUCGGAAUUUCAAUGUUUUCUAUAAUAGUUUGUCAUCGCUGCAGCGAAGUUUUCACGAUAACUAUAUCAUUUAUGCCGAUAUUUAAACAAUAUUGGAUAUCCCAAAAAAAUUGCGUUACUUUACAAAAACUUUUUUUUUGAAAAAUAAUAUUGCAAGAAGAUUAUUGGGUAGUGGUAAGUAACAAGACAAUUUUGGAGUCCAAGUAUUUUAAAUAAAUAUUACUGUAUUUAAUUUAAUUUCAUAAAUUAUGCUAAUAAAUCUUUGGGUCAAAAUGGUAAUAAUAAAUAAAGAAUUUUAUUAAACGUUAUGUAUUACAUUGUAAGUUAAUUGUAUUAAAUUUGGAAAUAAGUGUAAUUUUCUCGUAAGUUACCUGAAAUUUUUGCUUUAGUAAUUGAUUUCAAAAAUGUAUUUUGGCCCAAGUAUAUAAUAUUUUCGAGCUCUGUGUGAAAGAGACGGCUAUUUACCUACCUGCUAUCUCACUCUUAAGGCUUUAUUAUAUAACAAUUAAUCAGGGAUCUCUUUGUAAAGCCUUUAGUCACAAUUAAAGAACUAAUGCAGUACAAAGACUCCAUUAAAAUGUUCUUUUAACUUGUUCCAAUUUAUACAGUAUGUACAUAUAUACCAUGCUUAGUGUUAACUUAUAAUACAAAACUAAAAAGCUUCCUAGUUUGUUUUUAUAAGUUUUAAGGUCAAAAAUGAUUGCUCAAAAACAAGAUACUUAAGUAAUAUUAGUUAGUUACACUAUACACCGCGCCGAAAUAGGUGCCUCUCUGCAGAUGAAAAUAUGUCAGAUAUUUUCCGUGAUAUGUGCGUUGUACACUCAAUAAGACAUAUACAUUAUUUUUCACUAAACCAGCUCGAAAUGGCUCUCUUUUUACUUCAAAACUGAUAAGAAAGUUGCAUUUUAUCCACAUGCGUGGCAAAGUAAUCUGAUGCAAAUUUUGAUUUGUUUGCUCAUGUUGGCUGAUAAAUAUUUAAUAACCUUCAUUUGAAUUUGAUUUGUAAUGUCUUACAGAUAGUAUUUUCCUCGCGUUGGUGUGGUGAAAAAUGUUGUGUUUCACUCGGGAGCAAAGUUUGUUUAACCCUCGUGUCUUGAAACCGUCACAGCGCUCAAGAUUCCACUUUUCGAACCAGUCGCUGUGCUCGUGGUUUAAUUUUGGAUUAUUUCGCUUGGUCGGAUAUCAAUAUUAUCACGAGGGGUUAAACAACAACUUUGCCCACUUGUAUAACAAAUAACUAUUACAUUGAUCCAAAGUGUUUUUCUAUUUUGUGUCCCACUGUCCUUCCCUUUUCUUCCGCCACUCAUCACGAUUUAGGGCACGCUCCCGCCAGUCACUGCAAUAUGCGUCGAGGUCGUCCCGCCAUCUCUUCUAUUCUGCCUCUAAUCGUAUUAUAUCGAGCGUUUUUCUGGAGUCGUUGUACUGGUUAUAGUUAUUAUGUGGUAGUCACGUAUCCCAGCUAAUCCUUCGAUGUAUAUCGUAAACGUACUUUAGUGCAAGUAUUCUAUUUUUUAUUGUACCGAAUAAAAAUGUAUACUUUUUAAAA